UGGGCAGCAUGCACAACACAACCAGACCGCACGAAUGGACGCAGGUUCUGAGCGCGUUGCCAUGGAUCCACGUCGUCAUCGCUCUCAUCAGCGCUCUCUGCUCCGCCUCCAUCAUCACCUGUGUGACGUCACGGCGCUUGGGCGGGGCCACGUCCGAGCUGCGACCGCUCAUUCACCUGGCGGUGUCCGACCUGCUGCUCGCCCUUUGUGGCCUGCUAGGGGGCGCUCUACUCGUGUGGCACGCCGGCGCCCUCGCUUGGUACCGACUGCAUGCCGCACGACAGGUUGUGUGCAUGGCGUCUUUCUUCUACACGCUCAACUACAUGUGGAACGUCUAUGCACGUCUGCGUCUCAACUUCUGGUGUGUCCCUCACCAGCUUCCUGCUCAGAUUUCCAAGCGAGCCAUCCCGACCACCAACAUGACAGCGUUGCUCUCCGGCGUGAUUCCGCCUCUCCUGAUGGCGCCCGUCUUCAUCCAAGCACGCGUGGGCAGCUGUGCGGGCAACUGCAGCGACGCCUACAGAUGUCUGCUGAUGCCCGUCGGCGUGCUUCCUGUCACCGCGGAGCAACCAAUCAGAGCCUGCCGCCUGCUACUCGGUUACUGCGGCGCCGUCUUCCUCGCCACCUUCGCCCUCACACUCGUCGGGAUGAUGGUGCUCAUGGGAAAAUCUCGUCAGGUUUACCGGCGUGUGGUGACAUCACACGGUUACCUUGGCAACCAGCAGCGGGUGUCCUUCCGGGCGAUGGAUUUGCGGAUGCUGGCGUACUUCCUCUCAUUUGCCCUCUGCUGGGGACCAACGGCAUCUUUGGUGGCCUUGCGUGCGACGAGGUCAUCGUCGGACGUUGAGGGCGUGUGCACUGCGGUCUUGUACGUCACGCAGGCCAUCACAUCGGCGUCGCCGGGCAUCCUCCAUUUUGCUGCGCUGGCGUGUGGGCGUGGCCCACCGGGACGAACUUUGGCAUGGCGCGAUGCUCACACGCAGACGCCGCUGCUGCGAGCGCAGAAGAGACCAACGAGGACCUACACAACUUGAGGAUCUCGGGCCUGCUCACCCGCCCGCCGCCGUCACAUCAACACCUGCAGCCACUUUUGCUUCGAUGGUCGGGAAAAUCCAACAGCGGCGUGGAGAGCCGAAAGAGGAAAGAGGGCGGGGAGUCCCCCCAUGAGGAAAAGGAAGUGAGACAAGUGAUCUUUCGUGUUGGGUUGUUGCGUGGCGUCGUCGCUCGGUGGGACUUUUCUUGCCUUUUGGAACUUCUCAGUCCUCGACAAAUGUUUCGAGCGGUGGGUGGUUUGCAAAUUUUCCCACUCAGUAACACCGAAAAAAAUAUGAAGCCCUCUCAGUCGCAGUAUCAUCGGCAACAGUGAAAUCGUCAAUCAGAAAAUGACAACUUUCAUUCCUCAACCUGUAAUAUUAAGAGGAAACUUCAGGAGGGAAAAUUUCAAUUUAUCCACAGGUCAGGUCCAAAUAUUACAAGGUCAAAACAAAAUGACCUGAGACAAGUUGUGAUGUUGUGGGACAAUAAGA